AUGGGCGAGGAGAGAAAGGUAUCGGCCACCUCGUCGGCAGCAUUGGCAAUUCGAACGAGCUCAACGCCAUCGGCAGGAGCUCAACUUCCAGAUCCCUCGUUGCCUGCACCAAACUUGGGCGAAGAUGAAGUUGGAUUCACCGCGGCCGAUCUGAUCGCUCAGCAGUCCAAGCUUGAAGCGCAAGCGAACGAGGCGAUUCCAUUCCAGUUUGACACGUGCACGCACGAGAGAGGCUACAUUCGACAGCCCGUCUAUGCUUGCAAGACGUGCGGCGGUGGCGGCGUGUGCGCAGGAUGUAGUGUAUCUUGCCACGCCGAACAUGAGCUGGUCGAGCUCUUCAACAAGCGCAAGUUUCGCUGCGACUGUGGCACGCCCAACUUGUAUCGGCAACAAGAACCCAACCGUGCCACUCGGCUCACUCGAAUCACAGAGCAACUCGCCUACCCCGAAGGUGCCAAGCCAUGCAUUCUGCGCAAGCCGGGUUUCAGCCCACAGAACGACGUAAAUGCCUAUAAUCACAAUUUUGAUGGUGGCUUCUGCUAUUGUGAGCGGGGCAAGACGUACGAUCCGGAGAAGGAGGACGAGACCAUGUUCCAAUGCAUCGUCUGCGAAGAAUGGCUCCACGAAAGUUGCACCUCCUUGUGGCCAAGUCCAAGGCCACUCGACAGCAAAUCGAACACAGAAGCUGUCAAUGACUCGGAUGCAGCAGCUUCAUUCGCGAGCCGAGCACUUGCAGAAGCGGAAGCACCUCUGAUCGAUCAUGACCUGUUCGACCUCAUGAUCUGCGAUGCCUGCGUCCGAAGACCAGGGAACGGCUUACUGCGACGCUAUGCUGGUGCAAAAGGCUGGAUGAUACUAGUGCCCAGCCAAGACGCAGCUCAAGUUGCUGCGCACGACUCGAUCACAAAGAUUCAGGUUCCCACUGAGGACGAGCUGCGCGAAGGAGGUGGACCCUAUCACGAUGGCCGCAGCUGGCAGAUCUUUGGCCUUGAGGUGGAGCAAGAAAGGGUGCUGACGCAGGACGAUGUGGCUAUCGCUGCUGAUGGAGCUUUGCUGUCCUCAGUAGCCGAUCUGGCUCGAUCCACUGUGGCCGCAGCCUCGGAGGUAUUGCAAGGGACUUCAGCACUUGCAGAGGAUGCAAGCACAAAACGCGAGGGUGAACCACAAAAAGAGGGUAUUGGCUUAGCGAACGGUAGCGAUGAGAGGAGAGAGGGCAAGCGACGAGCGGUUGAGGAUGCUGGCGAGGACGAGGCUAAGCGGGUUAAGGUCGAAGACGAAAAGACUCGGGAUGUUCACAUGGCUACAGAGACAAGGUCCGAGACCGAAGUCAAUGAGACGAUUCAACAGCCUUUGUGUACGCUUCCAGCGGCACUUGACGUUGUCGCAUCGCUUUCUGAAUCAAAGGUGGAUCCCUGGACACCCGCUUUGAGCGAGCCAGCGGCCAAAGAACUAGGCGUACAGCAACGAUAUGACAUAUUUCUGAGCGAAGACUUUCGCGACCGCAUUUGCCGUUGUUCGACGUGUCUACCUCAGUGGGAGCAUCUUUCACACGUGUUGGACACAGAGGAGACAUACGCGCCUCCAUCGGACCCGCAAGCGUCUGUGCGCGACGACGAUGCGGCCUCCAUCACGUCGUCGACGUACGACUUGGGCAUGGCAGCUCUUCGGUCCAUGCCGAGGGAGAAGAUGAUCAACUCGCUACAUGCGUACAGCAAGUUUCGAGACGCGCUGUGGGAGCAUCUCAAGCCGUUUGCUGGUACAGGAAAGGUGGUGCGCGAGGAAGAUGUUCGCGCGUUCUUCCAGAAGAAGCUCAAUGCAGAGCGAUGA